AUGAAGGCAUUUAGGAGUUUCCUCAGAAAGCGCCAGCAGAACCUUCAGGCUCGCAAUAAGAAGCCGGCUGAACCGUCUCCUGCACCUGCACCCGCCACCACGGACACUGGCAAGGAGAAGCGUGCGGCAGCACCCCAGACUAACGGCGCCCAACAAGUCUUAGCUGAAGCCGCUCCCGGCACCCUCCAGCUCGCACUGCAGAACAAGUCCAACUCCAGCACUGUAUACGCAUACAUCACUGGUCUCGCGCUCGACCGGGGCAACGCGCCGAUAUUCAUCCAGGCAGACGGCCAGACCGUUUACCAACCUACAGCACCAAGUACCAUUCUACAACCACUCCAAGCCGAUGUCGCCAUUCCACUCGGGAACCCAGGGAACACUGUCUAUGUCAGGAUACCCAAGAUUGCUGGCGGUCGUAUCUGGUUCAGCAUCGGCUCCAAGCUCACAUUUUUGCUCAACCCCGGUCCUGCCGUUGUUGAGCCGAGCGUGACCAACCCCAGCGACCCCAACUACAACCUCAACUGGACCUUCUGCGAGUUUACCUUCAACGAUGCACAGCUCUUUGCCAAUAUCAGCUAUGUCGACUUUGUCAGCAUCCCGGUCGCUCUCAGUCUGACCAAUACCCAAGGCCAGACGCAGACUGUGCCAGGCAUGGGGCCAGAUGGACCGGCAGUGUUGCAGCAGAAACUACGCGCCCAGGCUAAACUUGACGGUCGUCCCUGGGACAAGCUGAUCUAUGAAUACAAUGGCACCCCAUUGCGUGUCCUGAGCCCUAACAACCUCCUUGUCGGCAAUCCAAAUGCAUGGGGCAACUAUUGGGACGGCUACGUUCAAGCAGUGUGGAGCAAGUUCUCCUCCCAAGACAUGAUCAUCAACACCCAGGCUGCUGCUGGUAACCUGACUGGCCGUGUUCAAGGCAACCAGCUUGUGUUCCCCCAGGCUGGCAGCUUUGCUGCGCCGACAGCUCAAGACAUCUUUUCGUGCAGCACAGGGCCAUUUGCCACUGGCUCCAACCAAGCACGUAACGCAGUCAUUCCCCGUCUUGCUGCUGCAUUCAACAGAAGCACUCUGCUCAAUACGCCCAGCAAUCAGUUUCCCAAUGGUAGCAACCCUAGCCAAUACUACCUAGAUCCGACAACAAACCACUACUCUCAAUUCGUGCACCAGGUCCAAAGGGAUGGCCGCGGCUACGCUUUCCCGUACGAUGAUGUUGUUCCAGACGGUGGUCAGGAUGUCGCUGGUACCGUCUUUGAUGGAAGUCCGCAGUUGUUUACCAUUGCUAUCGGCGGUGGUCAGUAGUGUGGCUGCUGCUGUGGCUGUUGCUGUUGCAUCAUGAAUGGAGGAUGGAAUGGCUGCAACUUUGGUAUCGUUUAGAAUGGAAGAAUGUUUUGGCGCUGUCAAUAGAAGAUUGGAUUCGUUUACUCGGGCUAGGGUUACAUAAGAUGCGGCUUCGGUAUAUAUCACUUUGUUACUUGACUUCAUUCAUCCUAGAACACGA